AUGGAUCGUCUCCAUAAUUCAUCAUCAAAGCCUCCUUCUGAAUUGGUUGACGAUCUGGGUGUCAUUGCCGGGCUAAAAAAACUGUUUGGGUAUGAAAUAACCGUUGAUGAUGAAGAAGAGGGUAACCCCAAUGAGAAAAUUAGGGAAUCCGAGCUGGCUCUAGGUUUCGUCGAGAAGAUAAAGAAACGUUUUGAAAGUAACAACCAUGUCUGCAAUUCUUUCCUACACCAUUUGGAUGCGUACAAACAUGGACGCAUGAGCUUUGAUGAGGUCUACCGUGAGGUUGCUUCACUUUUCAAGUACCACCCUGAUCUGUUGUCCGAGUUCACAAAUAUAUUCUGA